AUGUCUUCCAUGACGUCGUGGCUGUUUCCUACGCCUAUCACAAUCGCCAUCGGCCACUCCAGUUUUGACGACUGCGGCGGCAAUGCUAUCACUCGCCUCUAUCACCCUCAUCCCAUGGCGCCCAAUACAGGCCUCACCGUCCAGAUGAUGCAUGAUACUGCGCCUGCACCUUCGUUCUACCCCUCUCCCACCCUCGCUUCACACCGUCUUCCAAACUACACGAACCCUAACCCAGUCCGAGAAGAAAUAUCCCCACAAAAUGUCGCCCCUUUCGGCAACGGAAGCAUAACCAACAUCUGGUCCACCGCUUCUUUCGCAUCACAGGCGCGAGAGGUUCCGUCGGCAGGCAGAGGCUCCUCCAGCGGCCCUUGGCGCCGAGUCUCUCCUAGCGACGAGUCCUAUCCCGACCGGAGGAUUCCCAAGGACACGAUAAGCAAUGGUUCUACGGCGACAUUCCCGCCAUCCUCUGAAGAUACCUCGUGGGCCCAAAAAGUGUGGAAUCCUACCGAACCCGCCCCCCCUAACAUGCAUGUCUCUGGAAACUCGUCCCCGAGCCGAAAGAGAGACUCGUACUUUGGCAGCCAAGACCAGACAACCUUUGGUCACACAAUAAGGGGGAGCUUCUCUCGCCCUCGCCCCAAGUCAUUCCUGGAAGCUGAUACGGAGGGCCGCGGAUUCCAUUCGGCUAUCAACGGUUUUGAUAUGGAUCCCUCCCGGCGACAGGAUGCUCGCCCCUCCACUUCAGAAUACGGAAGGCUCCGAGCCGUCGGUGACGGCCCUUCGAGGGAGCCAAGCAUGCCUCCUUCCAGGGGAACCAACGAAUCUCCUGCUUUCCAGGAACGUUUCCCGUUCCAAGGACAUACGCCCAGCAACUCGAUGGGACUGUCGAGGGCAUCCCUCGCCCAGUCGCUGUCCUAUACUGUCGGCGCCUCGACCCACACCCUUGAUACCUCUGCCAUGUACGACUUCGCCGCCUCCCGUCAGCAGGCGGCAAGCGAUACACCUUCCCUGCCGAACAUACAAGGACUAUCCCUGGAAGAACGCCGCAACUCUGGUGGAAGCGGUGUUCCUUUCAACUCUUUGUCGCAGUCUUUCAAUCCUCAGUUGGCAGGUCAAGGAUGGCCGGCUGAAGCAACCGCGCAAGCCCGAUACAUGAGUGAAUUGGCGGGCAUGGAUGGCUCCGCGAACUCAUCUGAAGCUCAAUACGUUCCGUCGAAGCGUGGUUCCAUUGCGGAACAUGUUUCGCCCAAGUUUGCUGGCAGCUCGCAGCAGUACACACCGCCGCCCGAGACAUGGGCUCCGCGACCUUCGUCCCGUGAUUUGAGGCUCCCCCAGGAGACCGAGAGAAGGACUACGCCCAAUACCGCCGCCACCACGUUUGUUCCCCAGGGAGGUUCCCAGGGACUUGCCCAAACGCUCCCCCAGACUAUCCCCCCAGGAUUUCCCCAAGGAGCUCCUCAGGGCCCGUCUCAGGGACUUCCCCAGGGUGCUCAUGCCUUCUACCCUGGCAUGUAUUUCAACCCUUCAUUCCCAGGAAACUUCCACCCUAGCCUCUACGAUCCGUAUGCCCAAGCGAACUAUCGCGGGACUGUGCUGCCCAACUAUCCUCUGUCUCUCCACCCGUACAUUGCUAGUGGCGCCGGCAUUGCUCUUCGGGCGGGUCGCGAUCAAGACCCUGGUAGGGGUAUGAGGAGCGCUCUCCUGGAGGAUUUCAGGGCGAACUCGAAGUCAUCCAAGAGAUAUGACCUAAAAGACAUUUACGGUCACAUUGUUGAAUUUAGCGGCGAUCAAUAUGGCUCUCGCUUCAUCCAGACAAAGCUGGAAACCGCCAACAGCGACGAGAAGGAUCAGGUCUUCCGAGAGAUCGAACCAAACGCGAUCCAGUUAAUGAAAGACGUUUUCGGAAACUACGUAAUUCAGAAAUUUUUUGAGCACGGAAACCAGGUCCAGAAAAAGGUUCUCGCUGCCCAGAUGAAGGGCAAGGUCGUCGAUCUCUCCAUGCAGAUGUACGCUUGCCGAGUAGUUCAAAAGGCCUUGGAGCAUGUCCUCGUAGAACAACAGGCCGAGCUAGUGAGCGAGCUCGAGACAGACAUUAUCAAGGUUGUUCGGGACCAGAACGGCAACCACGUGGUCCAAAAAAUCAUCGAGCUUGUGCCGAAGCAAUAUAUUGGCUUCAUCAUGCCGGCAUUCCGAGGGCUGUGUAACCAACUUAGCUCGCACACCUACGCUUGUCGUGUUAUCCAGAGAAUGCUGGAACACGGCACUGAACAGGAAAAAGAAGAAAUCAUGGUUGAGCUCCAUGGGGCCGCGUCGCUGCUUGUGGUCGACCAAUACGGAAAUUACGUUGCCCAGCACGUCAUCCAACACGGGAAGCCCGAGGAUCGUUCGCGCAUGAUUAGGGUCGUUCUCGAACAACUCCUCACACUCUCCAAACACAAAUUUGCUUCGAAUGUUGUGGAGAAGUGCAUUGAAUACGGUUCGGCCGAAGAGCUACGUCUUAUCCGACAUCAUUUGGUUGAUGGUGGGCCAGAUGGAGCGUCGGCCUUGCAGUACAUGAUGAAGGACCAAUACGGCAACUAUGUCAUUCAGAAAAUGCUCAGCAGGCUUGAGGGAUCUGAGCGUGAGGCGUUUGUGGAAGAGAUGCGCCCGUAUCUCUUGGCCCUAAAGAAGGGCAGCUCAUCUCGACAGCUCCAGGCUCUUGAGAAGCUUAUGGACUCAUCAUCGCCUGGUGCAAACUCCAAGGCGUCAUCAAAUUCGGGCAGCAGUGCAGGCAGCCGCCCGACCUCGGCCAACCUCUCGGCGGCGCCUGGGCUCCAGGUCGAUUCCACGACCCCUACACCUAUGCUGACGAUGGAGCCUAACAGCCCUCAGAGUAGCAACCCGCCAAGCACGAACGAAAGCGCUGCAGGCGACGGUCCGGAGGACGCGAAGAAGCCGAACGUGGCUAUCGAGGGCGGGCGGGCGCCCGGAAAGGUUGUCAUCCAGGACGUCUAG